GGACAAUUUGGUUGGUUUUUGAAAAACCACGUUUUGAAGAACAAAGAGUCUUUUGUUCUACGAGAGUGGAUUCUGCUGGUUGUUGCUGCUGUGGUGCGAUUUGGGUUGACUGCUGCUAACCGGAAGGCUGUUGUUGCUGCUGUUUGGAAGAUUUGGGUUGCCUGCUGCUACCUGGAAGACUGUUGUUGCUGCGGUUCGGAAGUUGCGAUUGACCGCUGCUGUGAGAGGAAAAUUGGUUUUUUUUUGCUGCUGUUGGAAGACAGUAAGUGGUUGCUGUAACUUUUGCCUGGACGGAAUUUUAAGCUGUUGGUUCUAUACCAGAUUUUUUUGUGUGGAUUGCUGUUGCUUCGAGAAGAAAUUGGUCGAGCGCAGUGAUAAAUUCACAAUUCGAGAACGGGAUUUUUUGCGACACGAGCGGAUCGGUGCGAGGUUUUCAGAUCAGCAAUUUUUAUUGCUUUUUAUUUAUUAUGGCUCUGACUGCGACCAUGGAACCGUACAUUCCCGGUUCGGUCCCUUUUUCCCAAUAUUUAGAACAAUUAGAGUUCAUUUUUGAGCAUAACGAAUACACGGAAGCCAGAUAUAAGGUUUCGUUUUUGGCAGUAUGUGGCCAAGAGGUGUAUUCAGAAUUGAAAAAGUUGUUUCCAGGACGCAAUUUUAGGGAUCUUACAUAUAAAGAAAUAACUGAGGCUCUCAAAAAGCGAUUCGAUAAGUCAGACACAGAGAUUUUACAGAGUGAAGAAUUUUGGACUAGGCGUCAAGGUGAUCAUGAGAAGGCGGAAGAUUUUAUUUUAGCAGUCAAAGUACUGGCAGAAAAAUGUAAUUUGGGAGAACUAAAGCAAAGAGGAAUUCGGGAUGUUUUGGCUAUAGGUGUGAACGACGAAGAAUUACAAAAGCAAUUAUUUAACGAAAAAGAUUUAACAGCCGAAAGGGCUGAGCAGUUAAUUUUAAAUUAUGAACAUGCAAUGAGCCGUACCCGAUUUUUGAACAGGAAAAAGGAGAAAAAUAUUAACAUAAUUUCACGUCUUGGUUCUCGCCCGCAAAGUAGUUUUAACAAUCGCGCCUAUUCUUCGAAGUUUUCUGGAGGUUUUAGAGGAAGAGAUCGUAGCCUGGAAAGAAACAACUUUAGAAAUCGUUCGUUUUCUUCACGCAGUAGGAGUGGAGACCGGUUUUCUAAUAGAAAACGUUUUAAUAAUGAAAAGAAAGUUUUCAUUUGUUCCUUCUGUAAAAAGAAGGGACAUACCAGAAAAUUUUGCUAUCAGUUGAAACAAAACAACAAAAUUUAUACAAAAAAUCAAAAUAGUGUAAAAUUUUUGGAUACUCCAAAAUCACCUAUUCCUUCUACAUCUUCUUCAAUUUUCAAGCGUUUAAAAGCAGACUUGGAGUCUGAUAGUGAAGACGAAUUGUCGUGUCUCAUGAUUGCAUCGGGAAUUGGGUCUAAGCCUAGAUCAAAUGGUCCUUGUUAUGUUGAAACCCUAAUUGAAAAUAAGCGUUUAACCAUGGAAGUCGAUUGCGGUUCGGCUGAAAGCGUGAUUUCGGAGGAGCUAUUCUUCAGAAAUUUUAAAAACCAUAGUUUGGACGCACACUACUUAGAUGCUCCCCGAAGGAGUCACGCAACACCGGUGCUGGUUACAACUCCUCUGCAGGGCAGUCAUGAUCCGGGUGAACCCAUCGCUGGCCACGCGUCAAGUAUUGGCAUCCUCAUACAUCCUCCGCAAGAUGUUGUCGGCUGUCGUGUCUGGUCCGCAGGUGGCAAGCAUGUUGGGCAGAAUGACGAGGCCACGUGUUCAAACCGAUGA